UGGUCAUAUGACCAUAGGGAAGAGUGUUUACAUUGUGUCUUACUGUACGCCGAAAAUAAAAUAGUGGUUAUAAAAAAAAUUCUCUUCAAGCCGUCAGCGAAAUGACAAAGCUGGAGGUCAUCAACACGUUUCUGACGGAGCGCUUAAUGGCGGCGCUGAAUGAAAUCAUGGACAUGAUCGGCGGGACUGUCCUGCAGUAUGAGAAAGAGCUGGACAGCGUGCAAAAGGACAACGAGUAUCUGAGACGGAGACUCAAGGAGAUCGAAAAAAUCGUCGAGUCGACUGCUCCACCCAUCUCAAACCCUGCACCAUCAUCUCCACCUGCUCAUCUGAAGUGGACUUCUAGCACAGAAACAGAAACAGUGCCUACAGAGAUCUAUCAAAACCAGGUACAGAACGAACAGCUCACCAACACAAAAGUGGAAGAGUUCUCCAGCCAUGUGCUUCUUGUGACUGAACCAGAGAUCACUAUCCCUGCUCCUCCAAUCCCAAACCCACUGGCACAAACAAACAAAGACUUUGAAACGUGCACUUUAGACAAAUAUUCUUGUGACGUUAAAACCGAGCCCCCUGAAAGCCUUCAUUUACCGUCCACAAACAUCUACAGUCCAUUACCACAUUACACAUCUCAGCUACCAACUACUACUAAUAUCAUUCACGAGCCUGAUCCUAAAGUUUUCAACACACCCAAUUCCACCGAUUCAGAAAUAGCUCAAUGUAGGAAUCUAAAGCCUAAAUCCUUGCAAGAGUCCAUCAGUAAACACAGCCCAAAUGCAAGGAAGACCACAUAUCCUGAAUCAGGCGUCAGCUAUAACAACACUCAUCAAAACACAGACUUGGGAUCAGUCAGGAAUGACGCUGUUAGCAGCAACGGUCAUCUGGGGAUUGGAAACAUUGCGGUCAACUCUCUACGCCACAUGCCGUUUGUCAGACAGAAUCGAGGAAGAGGACGAGGAAGAAACAAAGGUCCUGGGACGCACGCAUGUCCUCAGUGUGGAAAACUGUUCCCUCAUCAUUCCCGGCUAAAGGUGCACAUGCUCAUCCAUACAGGAGAGAAGCCGUACGUCUGCGGCCAGUGUGGAAAACGCUUCAACAACGAUGGGACUCUGAGGAACCACAGUCGUGUGCAUCUUCAGCUGCGUCUGUUUGACUGUCCCGUGUGCGCACGCAGCUUUAAGGAUGCCUACACUUGUCGAAAUCACAUGCGUGUUCAUAGUAGGUGAGAGAGCGAUGUUUCUGCCUCAGAAAGGCUAAUUGACUCAUUUAAUCCCACAUUUUUUUCUUGGAAUUUGAAUUUUAUUGAUUAAGGCAGUGUUUCUCAACCACAUUCUUGGCGGACCACCAGCUCUUUACAUUAUCCAUGUCUCCUUAAACACACCUGAUUCAGAUCAUCAGCUCAUUAGCAGAGACUGAAAGACUAAUGGGUGUCGCAGACAAAGGCUGCGUCCGAAACUGCCUACUACUCAUUAGGUACUGCAUUUGAAUUUAAACGUACUACUCGGCCAAUAGAAAAGUAUGUUCUAUACAGUAUGAACGUGAAAAGUAUAAAUGGAAUUCGGACGUACUACAUCCGUCAUUUUGUCAUGGUCACAUGACCUACCUGCGUCAGUUGCGUCGCUCCCAUUCAUGAAUUCGCUCGCAGAGCAUCAUGGGAUAGCGCAGCAUGCAUUGGAUGCGCACUUCAGAAUCUCGCUGGAAGUAGUAAGUCAUCAGGGUACUUCUCACAUACUGAUUUUCGAAUUCUAUGAAUUUGGACAUACUACUCAGCUCGCAUACUGAUUUUAGCGUACUGUAUAGUAUGGAAGUAUGCGGUUUCGGACGCAGCCAAAGACAUCCAAAACAUACAAUGUUGGUUGUCCUCAAGGAACGUAGCUGAGAAACACUGGAUUAGGACAUUCACACUGAAUGCAUCUUUGUGUCUAGAAACGGGAGAUGCAGUGCUCAGGAAUGUUUUUUAAAGGGCCACCCUUUCUCAGCAGGGUGUUUCCACACCUCUAGUUUGAAAAAGUCAGGAAAGUGUGCGAGUCCAGCUUUGUUUAGGUGGGAGUGUGGAGUGAUUAAAGAGGGAAAGGUUUGCAUGAAAAGGGGAGUUUUAUCACGUACACUACAGCGGCAACACAAAUACAGACGCAGGGGAGAUAGACAGUGAUUCGUAGAGCAGCAUUUACAGUGGAUCUUAGAGCUGUGUGGAAGUGAUGGAUUUUCAGUCCAUAAUAUUGUACUAUUACUGUAAACUUAGUAACAAUCAUUUUGACUAAGGUAUGUCUUUAAAAACUGAAAGAAUACCUCUUGACGAUACUAACUAACUUUGCCAUCUGAAUAAACAAAGAACACUGAUCACACACUUACCAAAUUCGUAGAGUCAGGACAAUCAACACGAACUGGAACGCAUAUUUUUUUAAAAGAGAGACGAGCGACAAAUCCGCAUUUCACCAUUUCUAGAUUCGAAAAGCUCUCAGGUAAAAACUGCUUCUUACAAAAGUAUUUUUGUCGCAUGUUAGCAGACCACUGUAAUCCACACAUGUGAAUCCACAUACAAGCUGUGCUCUCAUCGCAGGGAAAUGGAAACAAAACCUUCGUUGCGGCACAUUUAUAAACGCAACACUGACAAUGUCUCAGAACAAUUCUACUACUUGUUUGAAAUACGGUUGGCAACUCAACGUGGCUUCUCUCUGAACACUGUAACGGGUAACAACACUCUUCGAAGCUGUC